GGAGAGAGUAGCGGUUGGAGACGAGAGGCGUGGUGGGCCCCACGAGAUGAGUGGCGCAGUAGCUGGCAUUACGGCCCUGACAGUCUGGGUCUUCCCACCCCCACCCCCUUAUUAGUAUCAAACCCACGCCCACCAUUUUCCAAACCCUCUCCCUUCUCCCUCUCCUUAAAGCCCUACCCUUUUCCUUCCAUUUCUCCAAGGCUCCAACUUCCAACUCUCUCUCUCUCUCUCUCUCUCUCUUUCUCUCUCUCACAGCUUUGUUCCUUUAGCUCUGCUCGAUUUGAGUUUUCUGAUAAACUCAAAGCCACCGAAACCAUCUAUGGCGGAGGAAACCCAAAAGAGUUCUGCCCCCGAAGCAUCACCACCUGCGGAGGAGGUGGUGGUGGUGGAGAAACCCACCGCUGAGAAAGAGCCGCCGCCGCCGGUACCGGAGCCCGAGGCACCCGAAAAGCAGACUUCGGCGUCUGUUGAAGAAGCCGUUGAGGCUGAGAAGUCCAAAGCCCCUGCUGAAGACAAGAUCGCUCAGUCUGUGUCCUUCAAGGAGGAGACUAACGUCGUGGCUGAUCUCCCAGACCACCAGAAGAAGGCCUUGGGUGAGCUGAAACAGCUUAUUCAGGAAGCCCUAAACAAGCACGAGUUCACGGAGCCACCGCCGGCCAAAGAAGAGGAGAAAGCGGAAGAAGUGAAGCCGGAGGCAGUGGCGGCGGCUAUCACGGAGCAGCCGAAGGAGGAGGAGAAACCUCCUUCUACCGAGGAAGUAGCCAAAGCUGAAGAGAAGGCGGAAGCUUCUACUGAGACCGUCGCGGAAGAGCCUCCCAAGGCUGAAACAGAGGUGCCUCCCAAGGCUGAAACAGAGGUUGCGCCGGCGCCGGCGGCAGCGGCUGUGGAGACUAAGGAAGAACAGAAGGUUCCGCCGCCGCCGGAGAAGGCGGAGCCUGCGGCUGUGGUGGUUGCCGCGACUGUGGAGACCGUCACUGCCACAGUCGUCGAUGACGACGGUGCUAAGACGGUGGAAGCGAUUGAGGAGACCAUCGUGGCGGUCUCCGCUCCCGCGGCGGAGCCCGAGGCGGCUCCAGCGGAGAAGAAAGAAGGGGAAGCGCCGGUGCCGCCUGCGCCGGAAGAAGUAUUCAUCUGGGGAAUACCCUUGCUGGGAGACGAUAGGAGCGACGUGAUCCUCUUGAAGUUCCUGAGAGCCAGGGAUUUCAAGGUGAAGGAGGCCUUCGCGAUGAUCAAGAACGCCGUCCGGUGGCGGAAGGAGUUCGGGAUCGAGGGUCUGCUGGAGGAAGACCUCGGGAAUGAUCUGGACAAGGUGGUGUUCAUGAGCGGAUUCGACAAAGAAGGCCACCCUGUUUGCUACAACGUCUAUGGUGAGUUCCAGAGCAAGGAACUGUAUCAGAACACCUUCUCCGACGAAGAGAAGCGCACCAAGUUCCUGCGAUGGCGGAUUCAGUUCUUGGAGAACAGCAUCAGGAAGCUUGAUUUUAGCCCCAGUGGGAUCUGUACCAUCGUUCAGGUCAACGAUCUAAGGAACUCGCCCGGACCUGGAAAGAGGGAGCUCAGACAAGCCACCAACCAGGCCCUGCAUAUUUUGCAAGAUAACUAUCCUGAGUUCGUUGCCAAACAGGUUUUCAUCAAUGUUCCAUGGUGGUAUCUGGUCUUUAAUAGAAUGAUCAGUCCUUUCCUGACUCAGAGGACCAAGAGCAAGUUUGUGUUUGCAGGCCCGUCCAAAUCUGCUGAUGCCCUUCUCAGGUACAUAGCGCCGGAGCAACUUCCAGUUCAGUACGGUGGCCUGAGCAGGGAAGGUGAGCAGGAGUUCUCCCCUGCUGACCCUGCUACAGAGAUCACCAUAAAGCCAGCAUCCAAACACACCGUUGAAUUUGUAGUUUCUGAGACCGGGCUUCUGGUGUGGGAGGUCCGAGUGUUGGGCUGGGAUGUGAGCUAUGGAGCAGAGUUUGUGCCCAGCGCCGAGGACGGGUACACAGUGAUCGUGCAUAAGACUAGGAAGAUAACGCUGGCAGACGAGCCCGUGAUCGGCGACAGCUUCAAAAUUGGAGAACCGGGUAAGGUGGUGCUCACCAUUGACAACCAAAGCUCCAAGAAGAAGAAGCUCGUGUACAGGUCCAAGACCAAACCUUCGUCGGAUUGAACUCGAAUAUCAAUCGAUGCUUUCGUGGGGAUUCAAAUUUAAUUUAUCUGAAGACAUUGAAUUCAGAAUAAGGUGGAAUGAAGCCUUCUUUUGUUUCUAUAAAGGGUUUUUUCAAGUGUUUUUUUCUUUUGGGGGAUUUAAUUUUAAUUAUAUUAUUUAAUAUAUUGGGUAUUUAAUUUUAUAUUUCCUUUUCAUUUAUAGUGUUGGGGAUUUUUGGAUUUUGAAUGUUUGUUCAGUGGGUGUAUGGAUGAACAGAGAGGGAGAGAGACUGAGUGAGCAGAUGGAUGGAACGGUGUGCGAGCUAUGUCAAUGUGCAUAAAAGAAACUGUUGUCAAUAUCUCUGCUUGUAUAAUUUGUGUAAAAAUUUACUGUCAUUGAAUCUAUCUUCUUCUUAUUAUGGUACCA